AUGGAUAGGAGCUGGUUGCACGGCACACUAUUUUCCAAUGAAUAUGUCAGUGGUGUCAAGGAAUUUAUGGACUUCAUUAAAGAAAAAUUUGGUGAGAAUGAUGAGAUUCUCUGCCCAUGUGCUAGAUGCCUAAAUCAAAAGUACCUAGAUCAGGCCAAUGUCAAGAACCACAUAUUGAUGAAUGGUAUGGACUGUACAUAUACUCGAUGGAUAUAUCAUGGAGAGGACCUUAAUCUAGAUGCUAAUGAACUUCCUGUGCAUGACAAUGAUGCUGGUUCCCUACAUGGGUUGGGUUUCCCUGAGGAUGAUAGCAAUGGUGACGAUCGGCUUGAGGGGAUCCUAAGGGACUUACAAAGUGCAGAAGAACAAGGUAGACCUGAUGGUGAAAAUCCAGAUGGAAACAAUGACGAUGGAAACCUGAUGGAUAAAGACUCAUUUUUGGAUCAUGUGAUGAAGGAGGCAAAGCGUCAGCUUUAUCCGGGCUGCAGCAAAUUUUCAAGGUUCUCUUUUGUAGUAAAGCUACUUCAUAUGAAGUCAUUUUAUAGAAUUACAAAUACUGCAUUUUCUGCAAUUUUAAAGAUAUUGGCUGAAGCAUUUCCGGAUUUCAAUACACUCCCAAAGUCAUAUAAUGAAGCAAAGAAACUUCUAAAGGAUUUAGGACUUGGAUAUGAAUCAAUCCAUGUGUGCUAUAACAACUGUGUUCUGUUUCGGAAGAAUUAUGCUAAGCAUGACAAUUGUCCAAUUUGUGUUUUUUCGAGAUGGAAAGACCCUGAAAGAAAGAAGGUUCCACAGAAAGUACUGCGUUAUUUUCCAUUGGCACCUAGGCUAAAGAGAAUAUUUGCUUCCAAGCAAGGUGUAGAAGAUGCACAAUGGCACAAGUUAAAGAGGGAGUCUAGUGAAAAGGAAAUGAGUCAUCCAGCUGAUGGUGAGGCGUGGCAAGAUUUUGAUAGAGAAUAUCCAGAUUUUGCCAAAGAUCCAAGAAACCUCAGACUUGGCCUUGCUACAGAUGGAUUCAAUCCCUUUGGCAAUUUUAAUACAAAGUACAGCAUGUGGCCUGUAUUUGUUGUUCCCUACAACUUUCCACCUUGGGUAUGCAUGGAUGAGUCAAAUUUAAUGAUGGCUUUGUUGAUCCCAGGUCCAACAUGCCCAGGGAAAGACUUUGAUUUAUUUCUAGAACCUCUUGUAGAAGAUUUGAUUAAGCUUUGGAAGGGUGUGUCCACUUAUGAUGCUGUUAGUGGCAAGAAGUUCAAUCUCCGGGCUGCAGUUUUAUGGUGUAUUCAUGACUAUCCUGCUCUAAGUACUCUUUCUGGGCGGACUACGAAAGGCUAUUUUGCAUGUACUCACUGCGACAAGAAUCCUCUUUCAUAUGCCCUAAGGAAUAAAAUUGCAUAUAUUGGUCACUAUCGUUUCUUGCCAAAGGGACAUCGUCUGCGGAGAAACAAUGAAUUUGUUGGCCUUCAUGGAACCAAUGAUCCACCAGGUAAAUUUUCUAAAGAAGAGCUGCUAGCAGAAUUAGAGAAGGUAAGCCAUGUUAGGCCUGGGAUCAAGCAACCAAGAAGCAAUAAAAGGAAGCGUUCUGAAAAGGACAGGGGCAGCAGUGCUCAUGUGAGAAUUUGGAGCCGGAGGGUCUGUUUGUGGGACUUGGAAUAUUGGAAAAAUUUGAAGCUGAGACAUAAUCUUGAUGUCAUGCACAUUGAGAAGAACAUAUGUGAGAGCUUGAUUUCCACAAUUCUCAAUAUACUUGGGAAGACAAAGGACACAGUGAAUGCUAGGCUUGACCUAAGCGAUUUGGGAAUCAAAGAUGAGCUGCAGUUUAGAGAGGAAGGAAAUUGUUCUGAGAUGCCUCAUGCUCGAUAUACCUUAUCCAAAGAACACAAGAUUGCCUUUUGUAAGUUUUUAGGGGAGGUAAAGUUUCCAGAUGGCUAUGCUUCAAACAUCUCAAGAUGUAUAAAUGCCGAUGGUACCAAGGUACAGGGCCUAAAAACACAUGACUGCCACAUUCUUUUGCAAAGAAUCUUACCUGCUGCCUUGAGAGGAUUUGUGGACAAGGAUAUUUAUGAAGCAAUUGCUGAGUUAGGAAAGUUCUUUAGGGAAUUGUGCAGCAAAACUGUUAACAAGGAUGUGUUGGCUGAAAUGAAAAAAGAAAUCCCUAUAAUAGUGUGCAAGCUUGAGAAAAUUUUCCCCCCAGCAUUUUUUGAUGUGAUGCUGCACCUUUCUAUACAUUUGCCUGAAGAGGCCUUGCUCCGAGGUCCUGUGCAAUAUGGGUGGAUGUAUCCAAUUGAAAGGCGGUUGUACACUUUGAAGCGCUAUGUGAGGAAUAGAGCACGACCAGAAGGUUCCAUUGCUGAGGCAUAUAUUGCGGAUGAGUGCCUAACAUUUUUAUCUAAAUACAUGGAUGGUGUUGAAACAAGAUUUAAUCGAGAACCAAGAAAUGUAGGAUUUUCAAACGAAGAAGCCUAUGGUGUUGAUGUUUUUGGGCAUGGAGUUACUUUGACUUCAGCAGCGGAUGUAGUAUACGACGAAAAUGAAAUUGAUCAAAUGGUGUGGUAUGUGUUGAACAACUCUAGUCAAGUUGAGGAAUAUAUCAAAAUGUUCAGAGCUGAAUUAGAGAGGGAAGGGGUGCCUAACAUUGAUAGAGCGCUUCGACAAGGAUUUCAGACAUGGUUCAGGAACCAUAUGAUGACGCGACGAUAUACAAAUCAAGAAGAGAUAGAUGAUGAUUUAUUUUCCUUGGGCUGUGGUCCUGAUUUUAGAGUGAGAAAAUACAAAUCAUGCAUAGUGAAUGGGGUGCGAUUUAAUACUAUUGACCGUGAUAUGAACAAGAAAACACAGAAUAGUGGAGUAAUGACACAAGGUACACAUAAUAAUGAGGUUAUGGAUUUUUAUGGAACACUAAAAGAGAUCAUCCAGUUAGAUUACAAUGGUGAUGACAUGUCAGUAGUUUUGUUCAAGUGUGAUUGGUUUAAAUUGGAUGGAAAGAUGACUCAAAUGAAAGAUGAUGGGUUUUUUAAAAGCAUCAAUGUUGGCAGUCUAUGGUACAAAGAUGAUUCUUUAAUUCUAGCUACUCAGGCUAGAAAAGUGUUUUAUUUGCCAGAUACAAAGUUUGGUAAAAAUUGGCAAGUUGUCCAAACGUUUGACCAUCGACAUCUAUAUAAUGUACGUGAAACAACUGUGCCAUUUAAUGGACCUGCAUAUCAAGAGGAUGAGUAUUGUGAAGAUGAGGGUAGGCGGCAAGUAGUUUCUGACUUUACAUCUGAGCAGCCAUUAAAUAGAGAUGAUGAACCUGGAACCAGGUUUCAAGCUGCUGAGAUUUCCCGUUUGAGGAAUGAAAGGGCAAACUAUGUGUAUGAAAGUGACAGCGAAGACGACGAAGAUGACACAUAUCUAGAGUACUGCAGUGAAGAUGGAGGAGGUGCCACAAUCGAAGUCGACAGUGAUGAUGAGUAG